CGAACGGACCAACGUAAACGAGCGUUGGAAGGUAACAAGUCUACAACUGGUUAAUAAGCUCGAUCGCUUGUGCUCCGAUCAAAUCCCAUGAAUCGCGAAAUAGUGCGAUUGGUGGCCAAAGGAUUUUACGUUGAAGCAUUCUCCAUGUACUCGCAGCACCACUCAGCCUCCCUUAGUUCUCACAAUUUCAUUUUUCCUCCUCUCUUCAAAGCGUGCGCAAAGCUUAACUCGGUUCCACAAGGCCAAAUGCUGCAUACCCACUUGAUGAAAGUGGGGUUUUCAGCAGACGUCUAUGCAGCAACAGCCCUCACGGAUAUGUAUUUGAAGCUUUUUCAUGUUGAUGACGCUCUGAAAGUGUUCGACGAAAUGCCCCACAGAAACACGGCGUCUUUAAACGCAAUGAUUUCUGGGUUUCUGUUGAAUGGUUUUCGUGGAGAAGCGUUACGGAUGGUUGAGCUUGUGAAUCGCGGUUCAUUAAAGCCCAAUUCAAUUACCAUUGUUAACUUACUGUCAGCAUGCGCAAGUGUUGCUCAUGGGAUGCAAGUACAUUGUUGGGCUAUCAACCUGGGUUUUCAAAUGGAUGUAUAUGUUGCUACGGCGCUUUUGACGAUGUAUUGUACUUGUGAAAAAAUGGGUUUCGCUGCAAAGGUAUUCCAAGAGAUGUCGAACAAAAACGUGGUGAGUUUUAAUGCUUAUAUUUCAGGGCUUCUACUGAAUGGCAUGCCCCGUAUGGUAAUUGAUGUAUUUAAGAGCAUGAUGGAACGCCCACCUGGGAAAUCGAAUUCCGUCACACUGGUUUCUGUCCUUUCUGCUUGUUCUAGUCUUUCACAUCUUGGAUUUGGUAGGCAGGUUCAUGCACUCACUGUUAAAAUUGAUAAUGAUGAUGUAAUGGUAGGAACUGCACUGGUGGACAUGUAUUCUAAAUGUGGGGCUUGGCAGUGUGCACACAAUGUAUUAAACGAGCGGAAAGGAACCAGUAACUUAUUUACUUGGAAUUCAUUGAUUGCAGGAAUGAUGUUAAAUGAACAGAGUGAAAUUGCAGUGGAACUUUUUGAAUCGUUGGAGUCCCAUAAAUUGCAACCAGAUUCAGCUACCUGGAACUCAAUGAUAAGUGGACAUGCCCAUUUGGGUCAGCCGGCGAAGGCCUUUAAGUACUUUCAUAGAAUGCAAUCGGCUGGCACAGUCCCUAGUUUAAAAUCUCUCACCAGUUUUUUAUCCAUUUGUUCAGACUUGUCUGCAUUGCGACAUGGCAAAGAGAUCCAUGCCCAAGUAACUAAACGUUUCAUUCAUAUGGACGUGUUGCUUGCCACGGCACUUAUUGACAUGUACAUGAAAUGUGGAUGUCUUUCUUCAGCACAGAGACUCUUCGAUCAAUUUGGCUUCAAACCAAAAGAUACAAUAUUUUGGAACGCAAUGAUCUCAGGUUACGGGAACAAUGGGGAGAACAAAUCUGCGUUUGAUAUAUUUGAUCGGAUGCUGGAAGAAGGAGUACAUCCUAAUGCGGCCACAUUUACCAGUCUCUUAUCUAUUUGCAGUCAUUGUGGUCAGGUUGACAAAGGUUGGCAGUUUUUCAAGAUGAUGAACAAGAAAUACGACCUUCAGCCAGAUCGUGAUCAUUAUAACUGCAUGAUAGACAUUUUGGGUAGAGCCGGCCAGUUGGGGAAAGCUCGAAAAUUGUUGGAAGAAUUGCCAGAGCCUUCUAUGUCUUCUCUUGCUUCUUUGCUUGGUGCUUGUAGCUUGCACAAAGAUUCUAAACUGGGCGAAGAAAUGGCUUCAAGAAUUUCAGAAUUAGAGCCUAAAAAUCCACUUCCAUUUGUUAUCUUAUCCAAUAUAUAUGCUGAGCUUGGAAGGUGGAAAGAUGUUGAAAGGGUUAGAGAAAUGAUGAAUGACAAAGGAUUGAGAAAGCCAUCUGGCCUUAGUUCAAUAGAAUGACCUAAGAAGAAUCCAAAGUUGUUGAUUAUGUAGUUGGGUGGUUCAAAAAUGAAGCACGAGAUCACAUCCCUUAGGGUGAUGACCCCUACAACUUCGUCA